AUGGAAAGUAGACAGUUCAUUUGCAGACAUGCUGGCUGCGGUAAAAGUUUCGCCCGCAAAGAACACCUUGGCCGACACGAGAAAUCCCACGAUCCUUCCAACCUGCUCCAAUGUCCAGCAUGUAAACGACAUUUCAAUAGGAAGUCCGCUUUCCUACUGCCACUCCGCUCCAAAAAGCAAACUAAAAUCCACAAUAGUGAUAGUCUUCAACGUCAUGUUGUCAAACAUGGUGCUACGUUCAGACAGAUUCCAUCAGUCAGAGCAAAGCGAGCGUGUUUUAAUUGUCGAGUCUCGAAGUCGAAAUGUGACAAGAAUGAUCCGUGUUUUUCAUGUAUUAAAAAAGGCGUACAAUGCAAAUUCCAGCAUGAUGGAGACAGCCAUAGGCCGAGCAGAGAUGCAAGUUCAUCAAUUGCUCCAGGGACCUCACAGUCCUUGAACCACAACCUCACAACUGCAACUACGGCGAAACCUUAUUCUCUAACCGUGGUAGAUGAUACCACGACACAGCAGACAUCUCUGAAAGAUUCGUAUACAAGGCCCUCAGCAACCAAGCCCCGCGGUCUUAUAGAUUGGACACUGGUUGAAAUCCAACCUGAUCCUCACGUGCUAGCUCCCACUCCCAAAGAGGUGAAUAGUCUUCAGGAAGUUGCGCAAAAGUAUAGGGAAAUAUACUUCAAGCAAUUCCAUCACCGCUGGCCAAUCGAGCACCGGGUGUCACGCGAGUAUGAUGGAAAGGAUACUGAUCUAUGCGAACUAUCAAUACGGAUGAUCGGGGCCUGGCUACAUGGUACUAGCGAGUCUGUUGACUUUGCCAUUGAAACGCAUGAUGAACUGAUGGACCAGCUUAUGACUCGGUUGUGUCAAGUCACUUCACAAGACAGGUUUCAGCAAUCAUUACCUGCCUGGGUGUGCCAUGCCGCUGUCCUGAACAUCAUUUUUGGACUUUAUCGCGGGCAUAACCGCGGACUAUCUCGCACAAUUAUUUUAUUGAACAUUCUUAUUGCUGCUCUUCGAGAGGUCGUAUUCUUCCGACCAGCAACAGCAUGGGCCGACGAAAAGAAAGGAUAUUUCGUGCCGAUGCGCACGAUCAAAGAGGGAGAAAGGCAAAGACUAGCAUAUGCUCUGUUUAAGCUAGAUUCAUAUACCAGCAUAUUACGAAAUCUACCAAUGACGCUUUGUCCCGAAGAAUUGCACUUCUCACUCCCGUCUACCUUCUCCUUAUACAACACCAACGGCCUUCAUAUCUGGGAACCACGGCUGAUUGAGGAGCCCUCUUACCGAGCCUGCAAGUCAAUGAACGACUUGAUCGUGGAAAAUAUAUCAGGAAACGAUUCUAGUUUCACAGGUCAACCUUUGCUAAUCGAAGACAUCCAUCUCUGCCUCUGUGCAAUGCAAUCGAAAAUAUGGAAGCAUGUCCAGAGCAACAACAGUAGCCAGAAACCCAACAGAGCUGUUCCAUGCGCCGAGAAAGAAUCCCUGAGGAAGGACCUGGAGAGACUGAGAUCUAGACUCGACGAGAUCCUAGCCCAGAACCCCCAUCCAUCCUCCCCCAGUUUCGGCCAUGAAAAGCUUCUUCCCUAUCGCUACUACUACGGCAUGGAAGACCACACGCAAGCAGGCUGGCAAGAACCCGUCAUAAACCGAGUAAACGACCUCCUAUUUGACACGCAAAUGCUCCUCCUCCUCCUAGACCUCCACCUCUCCCUCGACAUCCCAAACCUCGUCCAAGUAACCCGAGACCAAACCCCAAGCGCGAUGGAACAAGGAUCCGCAACCUUUCAACGCGCGCGAGAACACCGUCGACUCUCCGUUCAAAACUGGACUUCCGUACCAGCAGCACGAACAGCUAUAUGCCGCGCAAUCGAUAUCCUGGCCAUAUACCAGAACUUCGUUUCGUCGUCCGGUCCGGAUAUUAGUACGCGAAACUUAGAUCCAAUAUGCCACAUUGCGCUGUGUACCUCUGCUCUGAUCAUCUGGGCGUAUUGCCAGUUCCACGACGAUGAUGCUCAGACUUGCCACCAACCAGGUCCCGAUCCCACAACAGGCAUCGAAGUAACGGCUUGCAGUUCCGAUUCCGGUUCCGGUUCCCUCCUGGAAAAAGAACCCUUGAUUGAAACAGGAGAGGAUUCCACACGGCCGCUGAUAUGCGGUGUACGGCUUUGUAGACAUAACACCAGCGCCUUAAUAGGUAUAUUCCGAGAGUGCAUACCAGAGGGCUGGGGCUUAGUGCGUGUAAUCGCGCCGGGGAUUUUUCCAUAG